GUUUUGUAUGUUUGUCCCUGAAACACUUACUAUUUAAUAAUCUCCUCAUCAUUAGUUCCAAACUAUUGACUAAUCGCAAUAACAAAUAAAUCCAUUAGAGACCAUAUAAUUUGGCUAAAUGAAGAAAUCAGCCAAAGUAGUUCCAGAGCUCAAGCUUAGGAAAAUAUAUCUAAUGAAGGUCAGUGAUAUUGAAAUAAUUAGGAUAAAUUACGAAACAAGCAUGUUUGGAUAGAAUUAUAAAUAAACCAAUACCGAUAAUAAGAUUCAAUUAUCCCCGAUGAAACGAGUAAGAAAUUCAAUAUCUUAAAUAUAAGAAUUCUGUAGAAUUUGUUUGUGCGAUGAUGGUAACUCCUCUUUAAUAAGACCUUGCAAUUGCAAAGGUUCCCUCAGGUUCAUUCAUGAGAAUUGCUUGAAAGUUUGGAUAUUGGAAAAGCAAGGCAUAGAGUAGGUAUACAAGAACUAAGUAUAUUGAUUUUUUAAACCAAAAGAUAGAUUGUGAAGUUUGUCAUACAAAAUUUUAAAUGGAAACUAAAUUUUAAAAUUAAAAACAAUUUAGAAUGUUAAAAAAAGCACCAAGAGCCAGAAUAUGUUGUUGGGCAGUUGAGAUAAUGGUGACUUUGGGGAUAAUUGGAACAAUAAUUGCAUUGAUAUUUUAGAUAAUUGUAAGAUUAGAGUAUUAUAACUCUAGAAUGGUAGUCUUGAACCCAUAUUAUUAGCUGGCACAACAGUGCUCUGUAUAAUAAUGAUUCUGAUAAUGUCUUUGGUGUAUGUAAGUUGUAUCGAUUAAGUGACGGUUGAAGUGCUUGACCCUUGGAGAAUCCUAGAUGUGCAAGGGGAAAGUGAAUCGAAGUCGAUUUCAAUUAUUGAGUUGGAUAACCCAAACAAGCAGACCAUAUAGACUAUAAAUCAAAAUGAGGAAAGACAGGGCAUGCGCUAUUCAACUAUUAAUGUGGUUAAGAUAUAGAGUUGA